GUUGCGCCUUGCAGCCUGGAUCGAACUUUUUCUCUAGUUCCGAUUAGUAAGUCUGACCGGGAGCAGUUAAACGAACCGGGGAACCAGAGCACGGCGGCCUGGGUUUGGUUUGUUAAUGUUUUGAAGCGCGUGAGCUUUUGCGUCGCGUGGACUGUACCCCACCCUCCAGCUGUCUCCCCGACCCGUGUCCGCGAGCCUCGGCGCCUCCCACUGCCCCUCACCUCGCAGACUGGCGCACCUCGCUCCUCGGUGCUGACGGAGAAAGAUAAAGGAGGCGCAAUGGAGGGAUGAGGGGUUAGGCCCCAGGGACAGCCCGGCAGAUGCCCACAGCUUUUUUCUGGACCGGCAGCUGGUUCCGAAGCGUCCAUCUUGGACCUUUAACUCCGAGAAAAGAAGCUUUUUAACACUUUGGGCUCCAUGAGACGCACGGGGCCGGAGAGCGAGCAGAGGUGACGGCACAGGUCACGGAUCCAUAGGUGUGAUCGGACCCAGGUUCGGGUCUGAGAAGAUGGAGGUUCGUCUGGGUCCGUGGGUCCGUGGGCUCCUGAUCCCGCUGCUGCUGCUGAGCUGCUGCGGGGGCGAGGAAGAGGUACUGAUGAACACCAAGUUGGAAACGUCUGACCUUCGUUGGACGAACUAUCCCACGGACUCGGAGUGGGAGGAACUGAGCGGGUUGGAUGACGAGAUGAACAGCGUGCGAACGUAUCAAAUCUGCACCCCAGACAAUCCAAGCUCCCACUGGCUGAGGACGCGCUGGAUCCCCCGCAGAGCGGCGACCAUGCUCUACGUGGAGAUCCGGUUCACCAUGAUGGAGUGUUCUGCUCUGAACCAGCGUCACUGUAAAGAGACCUUCAACCUCUUCUACUACCCUUCCGACAGCGACGAGGCCACGCCCAGUCACCCGGCCUGGAUGGAGAACCCCUACACCAAGGUGGCCACAGUCGCGGCCGACCACCUGCUGCGCCGCGGGGCCGAGCGCCGCUCCAACGUCAAGCUGCUGCGCCUGGAGCGGCUGAGCCGGGCCGGGCUGUACCUGGCCUUCCAGAGCCAGGGCGCCUGCAUGGCCCUGCUCUCUGUGAGAGCUUUCUACAGGAAGUGCCCGCCCCUCCGCCGCGGCUUUGCUGCCUUCCCUGAAACCAUUCCCCACGCUUUGGUGGAGCAGGCUCAGGGGGUCUGUGUGGAAAACGCCAUGACACCGCCCGGAGAUCAGUCAAAGCUUCCCAGCAUGCUGUGCGGUCAGGACGGGCAGUGGGUGGGGCAGCCCACAUCCAGCUGUUCCUGUCGCCCCGGAUACGAAGCGGGUGAACCCGAUGUGAGGUGUCGAGCUUGUCCUUCAGGUCGGUUUAAAGCAGCUUCUGGACCUGGAGGCUGCAGCCAGUGUCCAGCCAACAGCAACACGCGGGUCCCAGGCUCAGCGUACUGCCCGUGCCUCUCUGACUUCUACAGAGCCGACUCAGACCCACCACAGGCUGCCUGCACACGCCCCCCCUCUGCUCCCCGCUCUAUCAUGACCCAGAUCAACGACACCACUGUGACUCUGGAGUGGAGCGAGCCGCUGGAGCGAGGAGGGCGGUCCGACCUGACCUACAGAGUCGUGUGCUUCACCUGUGGGACAAGCACCUCUAAGGGACCGGUGGAGUCCUGUUCUCUGUGUGAUGACAGCAUUCUUUACCGGCCGCCGCAGCGAGGCCUAACUCAGCGCCGUGUCAUCAUCUGGGGGCUCCGCCCACACACCAGGUACGCUUUCACCAUCCAAUCACUUAAUGGAGUCACCCCUCUCAGCCAAUCAGAGCCGGCCUCUACCAGAACCUACGUCACCACCAGCAUGGAUGUCCCUCCUCCAGUAUCUGGACUGAAGCGGGCAGCAGCCACAGAGACCAGCAUGUCUUUAGAGUGGAACAUCCCCGUUGUGCAGAACCAGCACAAUGUCCUGGACUACCAGGUCCGCUACAGCCCCAAGCAUGGCGAGGGAACCGGUCAGUGGCAGUACGUAUCCACCAGGUCGUCCUCAGUGGUGCUGACGAGUCUGCAGCAGGCGACCCAGUACCAGGUCCAAGUCCGGGCCCGCUCGCAGGCCGGAUACGGGUCAUUCAGCGUGCUGAACUAUGUCAACACCAAACCUGAUGGUGCCGGCCACACUCAGCUGGUAGUGACUGCCGCUCUGGUUGCCAUGGGGAUCCUGUUGCUCAUCGCUGUGGCAGUCAUCGCUGUGUACUGUUACCGCAGGAGAAGGAGGGACGAGGAGGAUAAGGCAGGACACUAUCAGAUGGGACAGACGAUCAAGGUCUAUAUUGACCCGUUCACCUAUGAAGACCCCAAUGAGGCAGUGAGAGAGUUCGCCAAAGAGAUCAACGCCUCCUUCGUGAAGAUAGAGGAAGUGAUCGGAGCAGGUGAGUUUGGUGAAGUGUGUCGUGGCCGACUGAGGAUCCCGGGACAGAAGGAGAAUUACGUAGCCAUCAAGACGCUGAAGGGUGGCUACACGGAGAAGCAGAGGCGGGACUUCCUGUCUGAGGCGUCCAUCAUGGGGCAGUUCCAGCACCCCAACAUCAUCCACCUGGAAGGAGUCAUCACCACAUCCUGCCCCGUUAUGAUUCUCACUGAGUUCAUGGAAAACGGAGCGCUCGACAGCUUCCUGAGGCUCAACGAUGGCCAGUUCACCACCAUCCAGCUGGUGGGGAUGCUGCGAGGCAUCGCGGCAGGGAUGAAGUAUCUGUCAGAGAUGAGCUUCGUCCACAGGGACCUAGCAGCUCGUAACAUCCUGGUCAACUCCAAUCUAGUGUGUAAGGUGUCAGACUUUGGGCUGAGCCGGGUUCUGACUGAGAACUCUUCAGACCCAACGUACACCAGCUCUCUGGGAGGGAAGAUCCCCAUCCGAUGGACGGCUCCUGAAGCCAUUGCCUUCAGGAAGUUCACAUCAGCCAGCGACGCGUGGAGCUACGGCAUUGUCAUGUGGGAGGUGAUGUCGUACGGAGAGCGACCAUACUGGGACAUGAGCAACCAGGACGUGAUUAAUGCCAUUGAGCAAGACUACCGGCUGCCGCCCCCACCCGACUGCCCUUCCUCCCUGCACGCACUCAUGCUGGACUGUUGGCAGAAGGAGCGAACCGACCGGCCCAGGUUCAGCGAGGUGGUGUCAGCGUUGGACAGGCUUAUCCGAAACCCUGUGUCCCUAAAGGCAACACACCCAGAUGGUCCGAGUCCGUCCCAGCCGCUCCUGGAUCAGCGCGUGCCUCCUCCUCUCUCAGCCUGUGGCUCCGUGUCCGAGUGGCUGCAAGCCAUAAAGAUGGAGCGAUACGAGCAGAGCUUCCUUCAGGCCGGGUUCUCCAACCUGGACGUCGUCUCACAGCUCAGCACAGAAGACCUCCUCAGAGUGGGCGUCACCCUCGCUGGCCACCAGAGGAAAAUCCUCUCCUCCAUUCAGACGCUCAGAAUACACAAAGAUCCACCCACUGUGCUCUACUGACCAAUCAGCUCUGAACCCUCAGGUCACAGCUGAGCCAACGACAGAAGCCUCUGCUUUAUUAACUCCCUAUUGUUUGACUCAGGUUUAACGAGGUGCCGCCUACUUUAUGCACUAAACCAAUCAGAGCAGAGUCUGUGUCACUACAACAAUCAUUAUGUGUGGACUGUAUUCAUCCCAUUCGUGGGUUGGAGCAAACAGGAAGCAGAGUCACUGCUUCCUGCACAUGGGUCAUUGCUCUGAUCUGAAUCCAGCUCCUUGUUGCUGCUUCGCUGUGAAACCACACGGCUCAGGUUGAAUCCUGCCUCAGACCUUCAGCCAGUCAGGACCUUCUUCAACACAGCACUGACUGCACCGUCUUCCAGGUUGGACUGGGACCUUCUGAAUCCAGAACCAGCAGACUGAAGUUCUACUGGGUUCUGUUUGCUUUAUUAGGUUUAUACCUUAGAGAAACUCUAUCGGCCCACAUGGGAUCCGUCAUGUCCAUCUCUAAGUCUGGAAUAUUCUGGGAUUUAAAGGAUUCAUUGGACAAAACUUCACUAUCUUCACUAUUAUUCACUGAGAGUCAGGACACAGACUCUUUAUAACUAUCAGGACUGUUCUGGGGUUGAAUAGAAACACAGACUUGGAAACGUCUGAAACCGUUUCUGAGCGGUUCCAUCCAGUGAUGGGACUCUGCUGCAGGAAGAUGUUUGGGGAGGAGACGUCUGGGACCUCUAGUACCCCAGAUUCUAAGCGCUGGGUCGAUCUUUCAUGUCAGAACCAGCUGAUCCCAUCAUGAUUCGGCAGGUUCCAGGGAUUUAGUGGCAUGUUAAGAAGUAAAGUCAGAUUUUUGAUCAGUGUUUUUUACUAAACAUACAUUUCUGAAAAAAGGAACCUAAGCCUUGUUUAAGGUGGAAAUGAUCACCUAUUUAUGAGUAACAAAGCUUUAAAUUAUAAUGUCCCAUUUUACAGUUUUACACCAAAACAUCUUCCAGCAGGUGAAUAUUCCUUAUUGUGUAAUGAAACGAUACCUGAUCUGCCAGAAUAAAUCAGUGUCUGAUCGUG